AUGUUUCAGGUGGCACUGUGGACGACGAGCCCAAGUAUGUGGCCGCCUGUCGAUGUUCGCAGUUUGACCGCCGAGUCUGUGGGACGUGCAUCACUGAUACUUGCCGUCGAUUUGCUUCUGUUUGUUACAUCGAUUCUGAAUAUCGGCGUGAUUGCGUUCACUCCAGAUCUGUCUGACGUCAUCGGAUGUUAUUUAAUAUCCCUAUCGGUCGCGGAUCUACUGACCGCCGUCUUUGUUAUCCCGCUAAGCAUCUACUCAACUUUAGAAGGAAAUUGGAGAAUCGGUGGCGAUAAUUCGAUCAUUUGCAAAAGUGCAGCAUAUUUGCAAAUUGCACUUUUCUGUUCCACCGUUUAUACGUUUGCAUGGAUAUGUAUCGAUAGGUACUCUGCAAUGAUGAAACCGUCAAGAUAUAGCGAGCAGUCAUUAACUAGGUGCAAAUGUUGGAUAGUAUUCAGUUGGCUUACUUCAAUGCUUCUCUGCUGUCCAAUCAUUGUUGCAAGGAUGCAGGUUGUGUUCUACCCGGAUGCACAAUUAUGCGUUCUUGAUUGGUCAGCAACAUCGGCCUACAGUGUGACAUUACUACUUUUAGUAUUUGUACCUACAUUAGUGACGGUAUUUAACACAGGUUGGAAGAUAUGGUCGGCGAUGAGAAACCCUGCAGCGCUUGAUGACAGCCAGAGAAUGUUAGUGGAGACUGAUCCGAACUUUGUGCUCACUGCAUUUCUGUUUGUCACAUUCUUCUUAUCAUGGCUACCACUCAUCUCAUUAAAAGUGAUAGAACUUAUAUGGGGACCGUUCGAUAUGGACUUGUCAAUGGUAAGCUGUGUAGCAUGGUUAUAA